AUGGGCGCUGAAGUUUUGGCCAGCCGCCGUAUUGGCGCCCCAAAAUCAAGAUCAGGGUGCAAGACCUGCAAGAUUAGGAGGGUCAAGUGCGGCGAGGAAAAGCCAACAUGUUAUCGUUGUUCCAGUACGGGACGAAGAUGCGAAUAUGGGAGUGAUGAAACUUCUCCCAAACGUCCAACAACUCCAUCGUCACUGGUCCCUAGCCAUGCGCUGUCGUUGUCGCCAAAUCCAGGCCGGCGCGAGCGUCGCGCAUUCGAGUAUUAUUUUCAGCAUGCCGCAAGAUACCUUGCUGGCGGUAUGGCCAUCGAUUUUUGGACAGGCGUCGUCCCGCAACUCUGUCGCACAGAGCCUGCCGUAUGGGACGCCAUGAUCGCGAUCAGUGGGCUUUUUGAACACCCUGAUCAAUGCGCAGACUUCUCAUUAUUGAGGGCUGAAGAAAAGAGCUCGCAUCAUUUAAAUCAGGCGCAGCAAGAUGCUUUGGCAUGGUACUCACGCUCGAUAUCCAGAAUCCACUCCCAGAUUGAGCUUGGAAAGGCAGACCCGUUCAUUGCACUCAUUAGUUGCGUGCUUUUCAUCUGCAUUGAGACUAUUCAAGGACGGAUGGAGGAGGCAUUGAUCCUAUAUAAUCAGGGUGUUAGGCUGAUACUCGACCUGCGAACUCAAGUUGCCUUUGGAGGGGUGUCCGCGACCAACGCUGCUCUUUUAGAGCAGAAAAUAAUCCCGCUAUUCCUACGUUUGGGUACCAUCUCCCUAACGAUUUCCGGCGUUCAACCUAGUGAACUGUUUGCAGUUGCCGAGAAAGAAACAGGCGCCUCUAGGUUUACUUCAAUCAGCUCUGCUCGAACAGCCAUCACUGUUCUUGCUACAGAAGUGAUGCUCUUCGAUCGUGAAGCAAGAGUACAUUUGGAUACCGUUGGAUGCGAAGCCUUCGUGAGUCAAGAUAUGCUUGCGAAGAAGCAGUGUCUUCAAGCUCAACUCGAUGAUUGGCUUCGCGCAUAUAAUUGUCUUUGUGAAAGCAUUUCGGCCGAAUCUUCAUCCUCGUUGACUUUCGAGCCUGUUCUCCUGACAUAUCAUGCCGCAGCAUCAAUCUUACUCUCUGGAUGCCUCACAUCUUCGGAAACCGUCUAUGAUGCUCAUAUAGCAGAUUUUGUGACCAUCAUUCAACAGGCUGAUCUGGUGCUUAGUGCCUCGGCUGGACCCGAUGGCUCACAACCACCAUUCACCUUUGAGAUGGGUGUCGGUAUUCCUCUCUUCCUCACAUCAAUGAAGUGCCGAGAGACAAGUCUGCGGCACCGGGCACUGCAGCUCUUACAACAAGCACCCCCAAUGCAAGGGUUCUUCAAAUGUACUCCAGUUGCGCUCUUAGCUGGAAACCUCAUGAGGCUUGAAGAGGACUAUGCUAGUAUGAUGUGCGAAGAGGGACGAGAAACACUAGCCUAUGAUUCUCCGCCCUCUAUAGCCGAGGCUCUAUCCAUACAAAGCAUGCCAGGAUUUAUUCCCGAGGAAGCACGGUUAUCGUUUUGUGGUAUUUUCAGACCAGCGAACGGCUUUCCUCCAGAUAUUGCAGAAAGUGACGUCGCCGGAUGGGGCCGUGAUCCAGAUCAGCUUUUCUUGCAUUACUCGAGAAAGAAGUUUGACGCGACUAGCGGGGUAUGGCAGCAAGUUUCUGAAAUCGUGCCACUCGAGGCCUGA